AUGCUUAUUGUAUAUAUCCUGGACAUCAAUGCUGUGAGAGUCGUGGGUGUUUGCGUGUACUCCACAGCCUUCUGCAGACUUGCUGGUCUGAGCGGGGUGAGAGGGAAUGAGUGGAAGGAGGAUGUGGAGAGGGGGGCGGAGCUUGCCAGGCUGCAGCCUACACUAAGUACUGAAGGCCUGGCUGUCAAUACACCCUAUGAAGGCCUGGCUGUAGAUACGCCCAAUGAAGGCCUGGCUGUAGAUACAACCAAUGAAGGCCUGGCUGUCAAUACACCCAAUGAAGGCCUGGCUGUCAAUACACCCAAUGAAGGCAUGGCUGUCGAUACACCCAAUGAAGGCCUGGCUGUCGAUCCACCCAAUGAAGGCCUGGCUGUCGAUCCACCCAUUGAAGGCAUGGCUGUCGAUACAACCAAUGAAGGCCUGGCUGUCAAUUCACCCACUGAAGGCCUUGCUGUCCAUACACCCAAUGAAGGCCUGGCUGUCUAUACACCCAAUGAAGGCCUGGCUGUCGAUACGCCCGAUGAAGGCCUGGCUGUAGAUCUACCCAAUGAAGGCCUGGCUGUUGAUACAACCAACGAAGGCAUGGCUGUCGAUCCACCCAAUGAAGGCCUGGCUGUAGAUCCACCCAAUGAAGGCCUGGCUGUAGAUACACCCAAUGAAGGCCUGGCUGUCGAUACACCCAAUGAAGGCCUGGCUGUUGAUCCGCCCAAUGAAGUCCUGGCUGUAAAUACACCCAAUGAAGGCCUGGCUGUUGAUACGCCCAAUGAAGGCGUGGCUGUAGAUACGCCCAAUAAAGUCCUGGCUGUCGAUACAACCAAUGAAGGCCUGGCUGUCAAUACACCCAAUGAAGGCCUGGCUGUCAAUACAUCCAAUGAAGGCCUGGCUGUCGAUACACCCAAUGAAGGCCUGGCUGUCGAUCCACCCAAUGAAGGCCUGGCUGUCGAUCCACCCAAUGAAGGCCUGGCUGUCGAUACACCCAAUGAAGUCCUGGCUGUCGAUCCACCCAAUGAAGGCCUGGCUGUUGAUACAACCAAUGAAGGCCUAGCUGUAGAUCCACCCAAUGAAGGCCUGGCUGUCGCCACAACCAAUGAAGGCCUGGCUGUCGAUACACCCAAUGAAGACCUGGAUGUCGAUACUCCAAAUGAAGGCCUGGCUGUCGAUACACCCAAUGAAGGCCUGGCUGUCGAUCCACCCAUUGAAGGCCUGGCUGUAGAUCUACCCAAUGAAGGCCUGGCUGUCGAUCCACCCAAUGAAGGCCUGGCUGUCGAUCCACCCAAUGAAGGCCUGGCUGUAGAUACGCCCAAUGAAGGCCUAGCUGUCGAUACACCCAAUGAAGGCCUGGCUGUCGAUACAACCAAUGAAGGCCUGGCUGUCGAUACGCCCAAUGAAGGCCUGGCUGUCGAUCCAUCAAAUGAAGGCCUGGCUAUCGAUACACCCAAUGAAGGCCUGGCUGUCAAUCUAUCCAAUGAAGGCCUGGCUGUCGAUCCACCCAAUGAAGUCCUGGCUGUAGAUACACCCAAUUAA